AAACCCCUCCUCCCUCGUCCCCUCUCUCGCCGCCGCACCCAAACCCUAACUCCACUCCUUUCCCCCGAUUCAGAUGCACUCCUCGCAGCCGCCACCUGCCUCCCGCCCCCGAUUCAGCCAAUCCUGCCGCCAGCGCCCGCGCGCCACCACCCGCUCCUCCUCUCCUACCAGAUCGAGCCGCCACCUCCCUCCCCAUCCCCGCGCGCUACCAUCCGCUCCUCCUCUUCUGCCCGCGCACGCACACCCUCGGCUCCUGCUGCUCUUCCUGAUUGAAGAGGGGGAGGAGAGCGAGAGGGGCGGCAUGGUGGCCAGCGAGGGGAGCACCAUCACGGGAGCCGCGUCCUCCCGGUCCACGACCACGUCUUCUGCGACCGCGACGGCCGGGGUCAACAACCUCGACCUCAAGGGCAUCGGCCUCGCCGGCGCCCUACCCCCCACCUUCUCCUCCCUCAACGCGCUGCAGGACCUCAGCCUCCAGACCAACGCGCUCUCCGGCCCACUCCCCUCCUUCCACGGCAUGGCGGCCCUCCGCCACGCCUACCUCAACGACAACGCCUUCUCCUCCCUCCCCAAGGACUUCUUCGACGGCCUCGACAGCCUCGAGGAGAUCUGCCUCGACAACAACCCGCUACUGCCAAUCCAUCUCUGCUGUUCUUCUUCUACCUCUGCCUCGACCCCUCCCCUUGUAUUCUUCUUCUACCUCUGCUGUUCUUCCUUUCCACAUCACAUCUCAAGAGGUCGUGUGCAGGCACAGUCCAUCCAUCUCAUCUCCUUGCGUGGUGAAGGUGACCAGGCCAUGGAGAGAAAAGCUCCUGCCAAUCGCGAUCGACAUCGUGAAGAACAAGCUGAACAAUAUCCAUUGGCACUCACCUUCGGAGCACACCAUCAACGGCGAGAGGUUUGCAGUGGAGCAACACAUGGUUCACUUCAGUGAUGACGGCAACAUAUCAGGUCGCCUAUGUAUGCGAGAGGCUCCUGGAACACGUGUGCUGUACCUCGGAGCUGCCUUUGGAACAACCGCGUCUCAUGUGUCUGACAUUGUUGGACCGACUGGGUUGGUGUAUGCCGUUGAGUUCUCUCAUCGGAGUGGUAGGGAUCUUGUCAACAUGGCCAAGAAGAGGACCAAUGUCAUCCCCAUCACUGAGGAUGCUAGGCACCCGACAAAGUAACGGAUGCUGGUUGGCAUGGCUCAAGCUGUACCAGAUCAAGCAUGACCCAACCAAAUAAACAUUUAGUGCCUUGAUCUAGCUCUAAAAGUGUGGUGUUACCUCUCUUUACAGGAGCUCUGGGCUUAAGAAUUUUGAAGAAGCUUGAAGCCCGACAAAGUAAAGAGUAGCGAGUAAUAAUGUAGUGGUAGUUAUGUUGUACAGUAGCCAGCAUAUCUGGUUGUAUGAACACUAUUGUAAAUACUGUAAUUUCGUAUUUGUACAGUAUUCAUCAUAUUUGGUGCUAAUAUUGGCUAUCAUUUUACAAUUUCAUA